UUUAGAGCUGCUAUUGCUGCUGCCUCUGCUGCCGCUUCCUCCUCCUCCUCUUCCAGCAAAGUGGGCCGGAGUCAAGAGAAAGCUGGCAGGCUGACAGACAGCUCACAGGACGGACUUUCUGGCUACUGACCAUUUAGCUGUGGCAUACCCGGAUUGUGUGUGGGUGGGAAAUCGACCAUGAGCUCUGUGGCAGUUUUGACCCAGGAAAGCUUCGCUGAACAUCGCAGCGGUCUUGCUCAGCAACAAGUGAAAGUUACAGCUUUAAAUGCUGAAGAAGAGAAUGACCCUCCAACUUACAAGGACGCUUUCCCUCCUCUCCCUGAGAAAGCUGCAUGUUUGGAGCCAACCCAGGAACCUACCGGUGCCUGGAGCAAAAUCCGACCAAUCAAGGCUUCUGUUAUCACUCAGGUAUUCCAUGUACCACUGGAGGAGAGGAAAUACAAGGACAUGAACCAGUUUGGAGAAGGUGAGCAAGGCAAAAUCUGCUUGGACAUCAUGCAGAAGACAGGUGCGCAUCUGGAACUCUCUCUUGCAAAGGAUCAGGGACUCUCCAUCAUGGUCUCUGGCAAGCUAGAAGCAGUGAUGAAGGCUCGGAAGGAGAUUGUGGCUCGGCUUCAGACCCAGGCUUCAGCAACGGUGGCAAUUCCCAAGGAACAUCACCGCUUUGUCAUUGGAAAAAAUGGAGAGAAAUUGCAGGACCUUGAGCUCAAAACUGCUACAAAGAUCCAGAUCCCCCGCCCGGAUGACCCCAGCAACCAGAUCAAGAUCACUGGCACCAAGGAAGGGAUUGAGAAGGCUCGACAUGAGAUCCUGCUGAUCUCUGCUGAGCAGGAUAAACGUGCAGUAGAGAGGCUUGAAGUGGACAAAGUGUACCAUCCUUUCAUUGCUGGCCCUUUCAAUAAGUUGGUGAGUGAGAUCAUGCAGGACACAGGGACACGAAUAAACAUCCCACCUCCUAGCGUCAACAGGACAGAGAUAGUCUUCACUGGAGAGAAAGAACAGCUGGCCCAAGCAGUGGCUCGUGUCAAGAAGAUCUAUGAGGAGAAGAAAAAGAAGACUACUACCAUUGCUGUGGAGGUGAAGAAGUCCCAGCACAAAUAUGUUAUUGGCCCAAAGGGGAACUCCCUGCAGGAGAUCUUGGAGAAAACUGGAGUCUCGGUCGAGAUCCCACCCACUGACAGCAGCUCGGAGACUGUGAUAUUGCGUGGCGAACCUGAAAAGCUUGGGCAGGCACUGACUGAGGUCUAUGCCAAGGCCAACAGUUUCACAGUCUCCUCAGUUUCUGCCCCCUCUUGGCUUCAUCGUUUCAUCAUUGGCAAAAAAGGACAAAAUCUGGCCAAAAUCACCCAACAAAUGCCAAAGGUUCACAUAGAAUUUACUGAAGGGGAAGAUAAGAUCACUCUGGAAGGACCCACAGAGGAUGUGAAUAUGGCUCAAGAACAAAUUGAGAGCAUGGUCAAGGAUCUGAUAAAUAGGAUGGAUUAUGCUGAAAUCAAUAUUGACCAUAAAUUCCACAGACAUCUGAUUGGAAAGAGUGGAGCCAACAUCAACAGGAUUAAGGAUCAGUACAAAGUGUCUGUGCGCAUCCCUCCAGACAAUGAGAAGAGCAAUCUCAUCAGGAUUGAAGGAGACCCUCAGGGAGUUCAAGAGGCCAAGAGAGAGCUGCUGGAACUUGCUUCACGUAUGGAAAAUGAACGCACUAAGGACCUAAUCAUCGACCAGAAAUUCCAUAGAACUAUCAUUGGGCAGAAAGGGGAACGGAUUCGGGAUACACGGGACAAAUUUCCAGAGGUUAUUAUCAAUUUCCCAGAUCCAUCACAAAAGAGUGACAUUGUUCAGCUUAGAGGACCCAAGAAUGAAGUUGAAAAAUGCACAAAAUACAUGCAGAAGAUGGUAGCAGAUCUGGUUGAAAAUAGCUAUUCUAUUUCUGUUCCCAUCUUCAAACAAUUCCACAAGAAUAUCAUUGGCAAAGGUGGUGCAAAUAUUAAAAAGAUCCGGGAAGAAUGCAACACAAAGAUUGAUCUUCCUGCAGAGAACAGCAAUUCAGAGACAAUUGUCAUCACUGGGAAAAGAGCUAAUUGUGAAGCUGCUCGCAGCCGCAUCCUCGCCAUCCAAAAAGAUUUGGCUAAUAUUGCAGAGGUGGAGGUCUCCAUUCCUGCCAAACUACACAACUCACUCAUUGGUGCCAAAGGUCGUUUCAUCCGCUCCAUCAUGGAGGAAUGUGGAGGAGUUCACAUCCACUUCCCCACAGAGGGCUCAGGUAGCGAUACUGUCACCAUCAGGGGACCAGCCCAGGACGUUGAAAAGGCGAAGAAACAACUUCUGCAGCUUGCAGAGGAAAAGCAAACAAAGAGUUAUACUGUGGACUUGCGUGCCAAGCCAGAGUACCAUAAAUUCCUCAUUGGGAAAGGUGGUGGUAACAUUCGCAAGGUCCGUGAUAAUACUGGUGCCCGGAUUAUCUUCCCCACCUCAGAGGACAAAGAUCAAGAGCUGAUUACUAUCAUGGGAACAGAGGAAGCUGUCAAGGAGGCCCAGAAGGAACUGGAGGUGCUCAUUAAAAACCUGGACAAUGUAGUUGAAGAUUCCAUGAUUGUGGACCCGAAGCAUCACCGGCACUUUGUCAUCCGGAAAGGCCAAGUACUACGAACCAUAGCUGAUGAUUAUGGGGGUGUGAUGGUCAGUUUUCCACGUCCUGGCACACAGAGUGACAAGGUCGCCCUUAAAGGAGCAAAGGACUGUGUUGAGGCUGCAAAGAAACGUAUCCUUGAGAUUAUUGAUGACUUGGAAGCCCAGGUGACAAUAGAAUGCACCAUUCCUCAGAAGUACCACCGCUCUAUAAUGGGGCCCAAAGGUUCCAGGAUUCAACAGAUCACUCGUGACCAUGGUGUUCAGAUCAAAUUUCCAGAUCGGGAGGAAAACGCUGUUCCUUCUGCUGAGCUGGUAGCCCAGGAGAACGGCAAGGAAAGCAGUGAAGGAAAAGAAUACAAAGAAGGUGAUCCUGGCUCUCCAAAAAAAUGUGACACCAUCAUCAUCUCUGGUCGUCGAGAGAAAUGUGAGGCAGCAAAAGAGGCCUUACAUGCUUUGGUUCCAGUGACUAUUGAAGUGGAAGUUCCUUUUGACCUUCAUCGUUUCAUCAUUGGUCAGAAGGGUGUUGGAAUCCGGAAAAUGAUGGAUGAGUUUGAGGUCAAUAUCCAAGUCCCUGCUCCAGAGCUACAAUCUGACAUCAUCUCUAUAAGUGGGCUUGCUGCUAAUCUUGACCGUGCCAAGGCCAGACUUCUAGAGAGAGUGAAGGAGCUGCAAGCUGAACAAGAAGACCGGGCUUUGCGGAACUUUAAGUUGACCGUUACUGUGGAUCCCAGACACCACCCAAAAAUCAUUGGCAGGAAAGGGACUGUAAUCACUCAGAUUCGCACAGAGCAUGAUGUGACCAUACAGUUUCCUGAUAAGGACGAUGAAUCCCAGGCCCAGGAUCAGAUCACCAUCACAGGCUAUGAGAAGAAUACUGAAUCUGCUCGAGAUGCCAUCAUGAAGAUUGUUGGUGAACUGGAGCAAAUGGUCUCUGAAGACAUCACUCUGGAUCAUCGUGUUCAUGCUCGCAUUAUUGGAGCACGUGGGAAAACCAUCCGCAGAAUCAUGGAUGAAUUUAAGGUGGAUAUCCGUUUCCCCCAGAGUGGAGCUGCUGAUCCAAACUGUGUGACUGUUACUGGACUCCCUGACAAUGUGGAUGAAGCCAUUGACCAUAUCUUGAACCUGGAGGAAGAAUAUCUGGCUGAUGUAGUAGACAAUGAAGCAAUGCAAGUCUAUAUGAAACCACCAGCUCACGAGGAAGCUAAGGCUGCAUCAAAGGGAUUUGUGGUGAGAGAUGCCCCUUGGACAGCAGGCAACACCGAGAAGGCUCCUGACAUGAGUAGUUCUGAAGAUUUUCCAAGCUUUGGAGCUCAGGUGGCUCCCAAGACUCUACCUUGGGGUCCCAAGCGGUAAUGGCUGGGAAACAGCAAUCUUGUCCAGCCACCUGCCACAAGGUUUCCUUUCUGAAUUCUGACCUCAUGGCUGGAUCUAAUGCAGAUUGCCCUUGGGGGGGGGGGGGUCUCUUAAUGAAACUAGAGUGCUACCCUUCUUGAGGUUCUCUACUGUUCCUGUGCUUAGGCCUCACUUUGCUUCAGUUUGACUUUUUUUCUUUCUCCUUUCCCUGGAAGAAACUUUCAAUGUUGAUUCCUACCUGAAAUACAUACAUUUGUUUUUUCCGUUCCAAAUUUCAACUUCUUACUUCACAUUGGCCAUGGUGUUGUAACCAAACAUCCCCAUGUACAUCGUACAAAGCACUCUAGCCUCCAUUAGGAGAUCUCCAUGCAGCUAGGAAUCUACUUCCUGUUUCUCAACCUCAGGAAACACAUUUCCUUGACUUUCUACAAAGCCAAAAUAUUUGCUCUUUCCCCUCCUUUCCUGUUUCUCCAAGGCCUUACCUUUAUAGAGUGCAAUCAUUUUUCUCCCUUUCAACUGCCAUCUGCCCUCCCUCCAUGUGAAAUCUAAUACUGCUAUUGGAGUGGAGAUGAAAUUGACCAGAAUGAAUGGGUAGAGAGGGAGGUUUAACCCAGUAGCUGGAAGCCCCAGAAAGCAUUGACAGGGCCUUGGCUACGCUAGUCUGCAGCACCAAGUGUACCAAAAUUCUUCCCUUGUCAGUGUGAGUGUCGGAUUGGAGCUCAUCACCAGUGUUCUCCCACAUCACUUUUUCGUUCUUCCUUCCCAACAGUAGUAUGGCUGAGCUUAGCCAGAAAGCUGACAGUAUUAUGGGGUUUCACAGAACUUGGUUCAACCAAAAGUGCCAUGGUAGCUACAGAUGGUGGGUGAUUAGCUUAGUGAUAAGAGGGCACAAUGCCCGCCCCAGCUUGAUUGUGAUGGCAUUUAAGUACCAGGAUUAGGGUGUGUCUUUUGCUUUUUACUAUUGCCUUCUUUCUACCUCAAGCCAGUAUGACAGUGGCCUGCUUCUUCAGACAGCCCCUCUUGCUUCCUGUUAUCAUGAAUAUUGUUCCUCUCCAAGAAGAGGAAUGUAUGUGUGGCUUUAGACAGGAUCUAGGGUAUCAAAUAUCCCCUCUAACAAAGAUGGUCUUAAUCGCUGCCACAUGAUUUGACCUAUAGUCUUAUGUGACAAAGGUUAGGCCUCAGAGGGAGGCAGGCAAGGAGUGGCUCUCACUUAAAUGGAAGAAGCUGAUUGCAGUUCAGUCUUAAAAAUGAAGCCUCUCUUGGAGGGAGGGGAGAAGACUUAGUUCAGGAAUGGGGAACCUUUGGCCCUCCUGAUGUUUUGAACUUUCAGCUCUCGAAAAUCCCAGCCAGCUUGACCCAUGGUAAAACAUAAAAUGGGGGUUGUAGUCCAAAAUAUAAGGCAGGUUGAAGGUUCCUCAACUCAUGAUUUACUACAUUCUGUAAAAGCCUUCUUGUAGUGUAACAGCAAGUGUCUUGUCCUGUUGUCUUAGCAGCAGUCGUUGCUGCUUUCUAGCUGCUGCCAUAAAACUGAUACAAGGUUACUUGUAUUUUAAAGCUGCUCUUCCAGCCAUUACAUGGUUAUCUAUCUUUUUCUGCUGAAGGUGCUGGCUUUGGUGCCAACUCUGCUCUGUCUACCCCUUCCUCUCUCCCCCCCCCCAAGAGCUUUUCUGAGCCAUUAGCUAGCAUCCUAGCCCCGGGUUCACUUAUGCCCCAUAGUGCAUACUGGGGAAAGGUCUGCAAAGCUCUUGUCUUUCUAGAGCACUCACUUGCCUGACAGGAAGGAAAAGCCUCUCGUUUCAAGUGAGUCUGAGUGAAGAGGGAGAAAUUAUUUCUCUAGGUAAUUCCAUGUAGGGCCAGGAUGAGCCCUAUCACCACCUGAGCAAGAGAAUGAAACAGGGUAGUAGUGUGCAAUGUCUUGCCAGUGGUACCUGGUGUCUGAAUGUCACACAUCACUUGCACGUGUGUUUUAGGCUUGAACUGCCGUUGAGCAUGGCUCAAACCCUGCCAUUUGUUCAAACUGUUGAGAGUAUUCCCUCCCCCUCUGUCCCUCGUAGUGUGCAGCAGAUGCUCUGUGGAGGUGUGCUCCAUGUCCUCUUAAUGUCUUCCAUAUUAUGUUUCCAUGGCAAUGAUCCCUUGGCCUUAACUUUGGAAUUUGGAGAUUAUAUGCAAAACAUGUAUAAAGGCUCAUGAGUAUGGAUGACACUGGAAUUUUAUAAAUUCUCAAAAAUAAAAUCUGAAACAGCUUUCA